UAACGUGCUUGGCCCCGCGGCCAGCGCGCCUCUCGGGACUAAUGGUGCCCGCCUUGCCUUUUUCCAGCGGCGUGUGGGCUCUCUUGGUGGCAACGCUGACAGCCGGUUGCAUUUUGGCGUGGUUUGCAGCAAAACUACACAACGAAUUGAGAACGAGCAGAUUCAUGGAAUGCUUUUUGUUGGUACUGGGGUUUAUGGUAAUGGUACCUGCUCCAAGGUUGCCGCCAGGAUACAUACGAGUCUGCCUCAAUUUUUUCCUUCUGAUGGUUGAUAUCCAUAAUGUGCAUAAUUGUAUUUUAAUUGAAUUGCGAUGUUGACUUGCAUAGGGGCUGCUGCUCGCAACAAGCUACUCAAGUUCGUUGGUUUCAUUUAUGACCGUGCCCAGGUACGACCAGCCCCUCGACACUCCACGUCAGAUGGCCAAAAGAGGUUUCAAGUGGGCUGCGAGUCACGACGCGUGGGCAUUCUCGUUGAGGGAGGCUAGUGACGAUGUAUUUGGAAAGGUGUACAGGCUUUUCACGCCCAUGACCGAAGAGCAGCUACAGUUGGCUGCUUUGAAGGGCCAUAGGGUUGCAUUUGCUGUCGAGCGAUUGCCAUCAGGCCAGCUAGCUGUAAACCCUUUGCUGGCGCCUGCCAAGGAUAAAUUGCGAUUGAUGCGAGAAGAUCUUUAUUGGGAAAUGGUGGUGAGUGUAGUGGGCAAGGGAUCGUUCCUCACCACGCCAGCGAACAGAUUGGCGCGACAGCUUCAAGAAUCAGGCCUGUUGCUGGUCUGGGAAGAGCGAGCGGCCCACAAAUGGGAUCUGGCUGCCAUUGGUCACACUUUCCAAACGAAAGGCCCCACCAGCUUAACAACUCUUCACUUGAUAGGCGUUUUCGUCCUUUGGCUCAUAGGGAUUUUUAUAUCUUGCGUUAUAUUCGCUUACGAGGUGUUACAUCGCAGGCAGUUUCCACCUUAAGCGUUCUCUUUUGACUCAAUUUAAUUUCUACCAGGUUAAAAGGAGC